CACAUCUUCAGAAUCGGGAAUACAAGUUCUAAAAUUCAUGGACGCAGCAGCUUCUUCUUCCUAUGGUGGCCCUGCAAUUCGCCUCCCCCAUUUUUCAUCGUCCAAAUGCGUCAGGCUUCAGAAGAUUUCCUUUUACUCUGCACCUUCGAAAGGUGAUGGGUCUUUCGCAUUUGCUUCUCCAAAAGUUCUGGGCUCAGGCAAUAGAAUAAGCAGCAACAGGAUGAGCAAAAAACAAGAGAGGAAAGCAACCAAUUCGUCACGAGAAAAGGAGAUUAUAGCCCUUUUUAGACGGAUACGGAUUGCAAUCUCUUCAACAGAAUCCCGUGGAAGCGCCGAGGACGCCUCAUCGCAGAAGAAAAGGGCAACAAUCCACUCUGUUUCAGGGAAGGCUAAGAACAAGGAGAAAGUGAAGCAGGAGGAAACAAAGCGGAAGCAAGGAAUGCUGGAGAAGCAGGUUUCACAAAGCACUGUGCAAGGGGGAAUAGCAGAGUUCAAGACGAAUCGACCACCAACUAACUUCAUGAGAAGGUCGCCAAUACCAUCUACGUCGGCUCCCAGGGUAAUGGAUAAUGAGCUCGAUGAUGGAAACUCAGCAACACAAGGUGACAAGUUGGAAAACCAAAAACUAGAGCAAAUGAAGCUGGCUCAGCUGAAGGAACUGGCCAAGUCAAGGGGAGUGAAAGGGUACUCCAAGUUGAAGAAAAGAGAGCUUGUUGAAUUCCUGAAAUACAGCAACUGUUAAAACUAACUGUCGAGAUUUUUCAGACCAAUGUACCUACCAUUCUUGGAUCGAGCUGCUAAAUAUACGUCAUAAUUUGACAACCCGAAUGUAUUGAUGGACCAAACAAAAGAGGUAAUGUAACACUUCAGCUACCAGCGAUUCAAAAUCUCUCCCAGAAUAUUCAAAACUUCCAAAUCUCAGGAAGCCUGUGAAAAGGAAAUACAACUAUCCCAAAUUUGAGCAGAUCAGUGAAGAAAUGACUUAAGAUCCGAUGUUUUGGGCCUUGUUAAGAAUAACUCCUUCAUAUUUGACCUGGAACCACUUCAUGGCAUCUUCCUUUGUAACUCUGUGUUGGAUCCCAACACGUGCCUUGCACCUGCGGCGACGAGCCACUCUGUAUCCCGGGCGCUCAAGGACAACAAAGAAGUCCAUACCAUAAAUACCAGUUGAUGGAUCAUAUCUGCAUGAUAUAAUGAACAACACAAUCAGUUAUGAGACAGAAGGUCUAAUUAGCAGGGAACAACUUAAACAAGAAAGAAGAUGAGCAAGACAUUGUAAUUAUGAUAGUAACAACAUGAAGAAACAGACUAACAAGAUAACCUAAUAGCAGUAGGAAUCUGACACUAUUCAUAUCAAAAGAAAAGUUAAAAAAUAACUAUUGCCCCA